AUGAUUAAAUGGUUUUCCAAAGACAAGCUUUUAAAAUUCACGUUUCCUUUUCCGUUGGUGAACACUGCUGCUGAGCCAGAGAGAGGAGCCAAAGCCGUGCUGACUCUUUUCCAGCUAAUCCACCAAGGGCCAGGAGAGCUGAGAUUUGGGGAACUGAAGGUGGAGACUUCUGUCCUGAGCUCAGAUGGCCUAGAGAGACUGGUGCUGACUAGGGGUUUAUUAACUUGCUGCAAGAAGGAGAUCCUGAGCUCCCGGCUGGACAGCUUCCAACCUCAGGUGGAAGGAGCAUCAGAGUUUAUACAUAGCUCCUUUAAACAUCUCCUGGAGAUCUAUCACCUGGAGUGCCAUCACUUUGAAGACCUGGAGAGACCCCUCUAUGACAAGUUCCUGCAGAGAAUUAUUACAAUGCCCUGGCAGGUCAAAGCCCGAUAUUUUCCACUGUGCGCCAUUCUUCCCUACGUGGGCACAGAGAAAGUUCUGAAUACCUACAAGGAUCUUCCCCAGCAUCUUCUGAACUGCCUUGCCACUAACCAUCUGUGCCCAGCUGCAUCAGACAUGUACAAAACCAUUUUGCAACAGCAACGCAGACACUGGGUUGAGGGAGACAAACGAGCCACCGAGGAGAAGCUGGCUCAGAAGUGGGCGCUGCAGUGGCUUCCCACCUUGACCACUGCUUUGACCUCUCCCAUCACCUUCCUUCAGAGUAAUGCUUCCAACUACCUUCUUGUGUGGACUUUGCGGCUCUUCCCUGCCUCUUACGCUUGGCUUGCUGAGAGCUGCUUUGGUAGGGACUCUGCUCACCUUCGGGCAUGGGUCGCCCUGUUGAACAGCCACAAGAUCAUCACCGGAGCCUUGUCCCUUGACGCGGAAACUUUGGAAAGGCUCUCCUGCUGCUUGCACUCCAGGGAGGAGAACAUUCGCCUAGCAGCACUGGGUCUCCUGUGUUGCAGCCCCAGGACCAACCAGCCCUUGUCAGAGGUGGAGAUCCGGCUGCUGAAGGAGUUCUUGCCACUGAACCUGAACUGUGAUUCAUCUUCCUUCCGGCAGCUGCUUCAGGCUGCAGUGAAGAAGGCUCUAGUCAGGCUGAGGGACAGCUCGCUGUCUCAGUUGCGCUGCAAAAUGCAGAGCAAAGCCACCGAGUGCUCGGCCAGUGCGGAUGCAGAAGGAGCACUCGCACAAGCAGUAGAUUUUGUGGAGUGGCUGGGGCAGUUAAGCGUUUCCUUUCUGACCCCAGGGUCAAACUACCAGCGGAAGAAGACUGCCUUGCUGCUCCUGGCUGCAGUGCUGGAAACCUGCACAGAUACCUGGAGCCCUGCCAGGAAGAAGGGGCAGCCUCCACAGAACAUGGCAGCUUUGCUGAGCUGGGCCUGGCAGAAGGGCUACUGGGAUUUUUUCUCUAGAAGCAACUUGUUGGCACUGCUGAGCUGCUUGCAGGACAGCACAAAUGAGGUCCGAGAUCUGGCAUCAGAGCUUCUCAUCCAUUACUUCCCACCGACUUUCCCAGAACCCAUUGCUGUGGCUCUGUUUGAGCAUGCCCAGGAGGCUGUAAGCAGCCCUAGAGUGCAGGAGGCAGAAGCAGGAGCAGUGUUGAUGAAAACCAUCCUACAGAAGUCAGACAGCAACACUUUGAAAAGAAUAUUCCCAGAAGGAGAAGCAGCGCCAACUCUGCAGCACCGUGGCCUGUGCUUUGCUCGGUAUCUUCUCCGCAUGUUGCAGGCUCACUACACCAUGGCUUGUCAAGACCUGCUGCAGGCAGCGAGCACUAACCCAAUGCACGGAGUGAUGGUGGCGCUGCGGCGGUGCCUGCUUGAGGUGCCGGAAGGGGCAGUCUCCAUGCUGAAGGGAGAGCACGUGCAGAGCUGGCAGGAGCUCCUCAGAAGUUUGGUGAUGCUGCUGGGAGACAUCAGCACCUUUCUCUUGGGGGUGCUGCAGAACAGACGGGGGCCCAAUGCCAGCCAGCAAGCUGCUGCACCUUCAUUUGCAGACAUGGGAAAUGCUAUUGGCUCCCUUAUCAUGCUGGGAAAAGGCCUGGAGCAGCAGGAUGAAGCAGACUCAGUCCUGCUGUCAGAGGAGCACAACCUUAUCCUGACCUGCUGUUGGGUCUCAGUGAAGGAAAUCGGGCUGCUCUUGGGAGGGCUGGUGGAGAAGAUGCUCCCUCUAGCACCCCCUGCAGGGCUCGAGCAGGGCGAGAGUGUUUCAGGAAGUGCUGCUGAAGGAGCAGUUGAAGGUUGCAGCAUGGGAUUCACCAAAUUUUGCACUGCUUUGCUGAACCACCCUCAUCCAGAAUUGCAAGCAAUGCCGAGAACUAUGCUGGCAGAGGGUUUGGAACUGUUAAGUGGUCCCAGGAGCAGCUCUAUUACCCGCAGGGCAGCUGGCUUCCCCAUGCUUUUCUUAUGCAUCGUUGUUGGGGAGGAUGCCGCCAAGUCACGCCCUCUGCUAGCGCAUUGCAUCCAGACUUUGCUGGCCUUGGCCAACACACCUCUGCCACAGAACUGGGACCAGACCUUGGACCUCCCUCAGGUCUCUGCGUUGCAUGUGCUGCAGACACUGGUGCGUGGCUCUGGCCUAGGAACAGCGCUGCUACAGUAUGUCACGCCUAUGAUGGCUUUGCUCCUGAAGGCACUAGGUUCGCCUAGCUGGGCCAUGAGAAAUGCGGCCAUCCAGCUCUUCAGCGCCCUCACAGCUCGGGUGCUGGGUCCGAAGCGGAGCCGGGACGAUAGCUGCGCUCAGGAUGGGGUGAGCCCUCAGGCGUUCUUCAGCCGCUACCCGCAGCUGAGGGAGAUUCUGCUGGGAGAGCUGCACUCAGCUCUGGAGACGGCAGGAAAACCCGAGGGAGGGAGGUUUCGCCUCUGCCCCUCGCUGCACGCCAUCCUCACACUCUUGGCAAAACUCCAACCGGGGGCAGAUGGACUGAGCAGCCUCUCCACUUGCUUCCUGGAGCCCUUGCUUCAGCUCGCAGGAAACCCCAAGGCUCUGGUCCCUGUUGUCCCUACCGCUGAAUUCAGGAAGAUCCUGCUUCGACUGGCUGGGGACUUAACUAAGCCAGGCAUUGUGCUAUCCCACAACACGCUGCACGGGCGCCUGCUGCAGAUACGGGCUCUGCUGGCUUACGCUGCUGACACAAACUGUUUGUCAGCAGAUGCCAGGCUGGCUAUUGCUCAUCAGAUGGGAGGCCAAUUCUGGUUGGUCACACCCGCACAGCAGUGCCCUCUGAUUCGCUCAGCCUACCUCCAGAUCAUCUUCCUUUUGGUGGGGAGCUGCACCCAGAGUUUUGCAAAGCAUCUUCGAGAGGUUGUGAGCAGUGAACUGGAGAGCCUCAAGCCAGGGCUGAAGGCCAGGUCUUCCGAGCUCCAGGUGGGAUCCGCCGUGUUCCAUCGAGUUCUUGCCCACUUCCUCUGCCAUGAGGCAGCAAGUCUGGCUGGGGCUGAGAGUGUUGGUGCAGUUUGCUCGCUCCUCCAAGGGGCAGAAGCUGAUAUACAGACAGCCAUCCUGACAUGGGUGAUUGACGGGAAGGAAGAGAGAAGCAAGGACUUAGAGAGGAGUCUCCAGCUUACGUUGCUGGAGAACCUACAGUCCCUGCUGCUGCAAGAUCGGAGAGACAAAGUGUUCUUGAAGUUAUACCUGGAGGCUUUGGUGGACCUGUGCAGCAAUCCUUCAUCCCAGACCCACGGUGUUCCCCAUAAGCUCUUGGGUUCAGUAGCAGCAUGUGUGAAUGUCCUGCUAUCUAUGGUGGAAACAGAGUCUCCUGGUCCAGACCUCCACUUCCAGGCACUAUGUGUGAUUAGCUUGCUCUUUGUCCUGGGAUCCAAGCUUCAGGAUUACCCUCUGCUUGAGCGAUGGUGCAGGGUGCUGGAAAGAGCCAGCAGAUCCUCCUCUUCUGAGAUGCUGAGAUUGGCAGCUGCAAGGUCUCUCAAGCUGGCUGGAGCUGACAUGGUUCAGAUGACCCUGGGCACCUCCUGCCCAUCCCGGCAGUCGGUGGCUGUGCGUCUGAUGGACAUGGGUAUUUACCUGCUACAAGAUGAGGAUCAGGAAGUACGGCGUGAAGCCUCUGUCUUUGCCAGCCUUGUUCAGCACAUGUCAGGAGCCCAGCCUUGGGAUAGUUGUGUUUUCAUCCAGGGUAACAGAGGGCUGGUGUGCCUGCUGCAUGUCCUGCUGGAAAAGUUCUGGGGCUGCCAAGAAACCUUUGAAGCUUUGCUACGGCACCUCCCCACCCUGGACGUCAGCAGCAUCUUGACAGAACUGGAGGCCAACAAAGCUGUCAGUCUGUAUAAAGAGGAUGAACCCAAUGUUUUUGCAGAGCCGGCUGUCUUAUCGCAACUGCUGCUCCCUUUCCUCCUCCAGCUGCUAGACAGGGUAUGUGCCUCCACCCAGAUUUGUGAGUUCAUUCAACGCUGGCUGAGAGCCACUGUGCCCAGCAUCUUACACAGCCUACAGCACUGCAGGCACUGGUGGAGCCAAGAUGCCAUUGCACCUUUGCACAUGAAAGCUCUCGGGUGUGCCAAGGUUCAUGCUGCUGUCACAGUGCUGCUGGUGAAGGCUACACUUCUGGUCCACGUGCUGGAUAUUCUGGAAAAGACCCACACCAGUGCCUCAGAGAUCCACUGCACUUCCCAGGAGCUGAGACAUGAGCUUGUGCUGGUACAGGAACUGCUGGCCCAGCAGGGAAUGGCCUCCACCUUCAGUGUAGACUAUGGGAUGACAGAUACAGCGGCAUCAGUAAGAAUUGUCUGAUCAUCUCUGGUGGCAGAACUGUGUGGUACUGAGUUCUCAUGAGCCCUGGGGCAAAGUGUGCUAUUUUAGCAGUGCACAUUUUUCUGAGACACCGCUGAAUCUCUGCUCACCUUCUGAUACCUCCUCUGCUGGGAGCCAUCCAGAACUGUCAGGUUAUUGAUACAACUCAGUUGGCUCCCCAUUCCCCAGCCAAGAAAGGGAACUAGUAUGCAGGCCUACUAUCUGAGAUCCAUGCCUCGCUACUUCUCAGGUUAUCCUGGUUCCUCAGACUUUUUUUUAUCAACCACCCAUUCUCUGUAUCAAGCCAGGAGCUAACAGCUUCCAGUUCUUCAUUCAGAGGGCAACGUUACAAAUCAAAUCACAACAAGCAUAAAAUACCACCGAUGAUGCUCUUAGCCCAUAUUUCUGCUCCUCUAUACAUGAAAUGCUUGGCUCCUUGGUAAGCCCAAUACUCUCAGGUCAAGACAACCUUCCAGUAAUAAAGAGUUGGAUGUGUUGCUCUCCAAAGGACAAGAGAAAACGUGUCUUAAAGGACUCAUCUCCAACUCUGAUCCCCUUGCUCAGCAGAUCUUAUUUCACUGUUUUUUAUCCAUGUUUGUGGCUCCUGUUAUAAGGAGCCCAUAAACAUGCUUUUGGCUGAAUAAAGUGUGGCCCAGUUGGAUUUUAUCAUUAAUAAAGAACUCUAAUUGGGUGUUGCUAUUAGUCAGCGUUAUAAAGCAUGCGAGCAUGUCUGUAUUUUGUUUUAUUCUGUUAACAAAUUCCUUCUGGUUCCUUGAAUAUUAGUCUCAAAGCUCAACUAUUAACUUCAUUUAAUCAAGCCUUACA